GGGCUGGGGCCCGGCCAAGCCGCCGCCGCCGUUGCCGGGAUGCCGCGGGUGUACAUCGGCCGCCUGAGCUACCAGGCCCGGGAGCGCGAUGUGGAGCGCUUCUUUAAGGGCUACGGGAAGAUCCUGGAGGUGGAUCUGAAGAACGGUCUGUUAUGUUCUGAACCCACACAUGUUUUCGGAAGGACCAGAUGGCUGACACUGGCUAAUGGGAACCAAAAGACGAGUGAAAGUAACCUGGUUGUCACAUACCCCAAGCUUAGAGGUGGGGAAAGAUCAGGUGCAGACUGAGCUGUGGCCAACGUUUGCUGACCAGGAAUCCACACUAGCUCUAAUCAGAGAGCUCUUGGUGUGCGGAAACUGCCAGUUUGCCGACGUGAAAAGAGCCCCAGACUGGGGACUGGUGAGCCCUGAAGUCGCACCCCAGCUCUGCCACUCAGUGAGCACGGCAACAUCCCUAAUCCUGACCAGCCAUGGAGAGGUUCGGUUCUUACAAGGAAAAUGAGUGAAUGUGGGAAUGGCUCACCACAUUGGGAAAACAAAACUCACAUCCUGCUGAUGGUUGGCUGAGGACUGUCAUGUCCAUAUACAAAGAAAAGCAUGUGGCACAGUUUUAGGACAAAGAUAUGGGUUUGUGGAGUUUGAUGAUCUGCGUGAUGCAGAUGAUGCUGUUUAUGAACUGAAUGGCAAAGACCUUUGUGGUGAGCGAGUAAUUGUUGAGCAUGCCCGCGGCCCACGUCGAGAUGGCAGUUACGGUUCUGGACGCAAAUCCUUUGAGGCUAAGAUGACUGCCUGUUCCAUUUGCUGACCUUGGGUUACCUUUCCAUGCGUGGCUCUUUGAACCAUUGUGGCCCUUGGCUGACCAAAAACAGGAAGCCAUGUGACGACCGCAACCUUUCCCCAUUAGACCUGGGUGGUGGAUAUGGUUAUAGAAGAAGUGGCCGAGAUAAAUAUGGCCCUCCUACCCGCACAGAAUACAGACUUAUUGUGGAGAAUUUAUCAAGUCGGUGCAGCUGGCAAGACCUAAAGGAUUAUAUGCGUCAGGCAGGAGAAGUGACCUAUGCAGAUGCUCACAAGGGACGCAAAAAUGAAGGGGUGAUUGAAUUUGUGUCUUACUCUGAUAUGAAAAGAGCCCUGGAAAAGUUAGAUGGAACUGAAGUCAAUGGCAGAAAAAUCAGAUUAGUUGAAGACAAGCCUGGUUCUAGACGACGCCGGUCCUACUCCAGGAGCCGGAGUCACUCAAGGUCCCGCUCUCGAAGCAGACAUUCCCGUAAGAGCAGAAGCCGCAGCGGCAGCAGCAAAAGCAGCCCUUCUAAGAGUGGAUCUCGGUCCAGGUCAGGCUCCCAUUCCCGGAGCAAGAGCCGGAGCCGCAGCCAGAGCCGGAGCCGGAGCAAGAAGGAGAAGAGCCGGAGCCCCAGCAAGGGUAACAAGAGCCGCAGUCGCAGCCGCAGUGCCGACAAGCGCCACAGCAAGAGUAAAGACCAAGCGGAGGAAAAGGUCCAGAACAGCGACACCACUGGCAAGUCCAAGAGCCGGAGUCCCAGCAGGCAUAAAAGCAAGAGUAAAAGCAGAAGCAGGAGUCAGGAGAGGAGAGCGGAGGGGGAAAAGCGAGGGAGCGGGAGCAGGAGUAGGAGCAAAGAGAAGAGCCGGAGUCAGGAGAAAAGCCUGCACAAGAGCAGGAGCAGGAGCAGAGGGGGCAGCCGCAGCCGCAGCCGCAGCAAAAGCAAGGACAAGAGGAAGGGAAGGAAGAGAAGCAGGGAGGAGAGCCGCAGCCGCAGUCGCAGCCGCAGCCGCAGCCGCAGCCACAGCAAAAGUGAGAGGAGCAGAAAGCGAGGUGGCAAGCGAGACAGCAAGUCAGGCAGCAGCAAGAAGAAGAAGAAGGAAGACGCUGGCCACUCCCCGUCCAGAUCGCCGUCCCGCUCGGUUUCAAAGGAGCGGGAGCAUGCCAAGUCCGAGUCCGGCCCGAGGGAAGGCCGAGGAGGGGAGAGUGAGGAAGCUGGCACGAAUCAGGAGACCCGGUCCAGGUCGAGGUCCAAUUCUAAAUCAAAACCAAACCUCCCAUCUGAAUCACGCUCCAGAUCAAAGUCCGUCUCAAAAACCCGAUCUCGCUCCAAGUCUCGAUCCAGGUCUGCGUCCAGAUCAGCCUCCCGGUCUAGAUCUCGGUCCCACUCAAGGUCCUAACUGGCUACGACCGCAGCUGGAACUACCUGAGAAGUCUUUUGUACAUGUUUGGUAGCCGUAGCACAAGUGAUUGAAGUAGAACAUACGUCACUGCUGUACAUUUUUAACUCCCCUAAUGGUGUGUCUACAAUUGUUAAAUCUAAGUGCUUCCUCUCCGUAAAGCCUCCUGGCACCAGGCCUUCCUGCUCGACUGAAAACAAUCUUCUCUUUGAAAAUCCCCUUUGCUCAUGGCCCACAGUAGAGUAUCCAAAAUGCCUUGGCUUUCAGGCCUGGUCUUUCCUACAGGGAGCUCAGUACCUGGACGGCUUUAAGGCUGGAAUGAUGACAUAGGUAGGUAUGGUGAGUUCAACCAUUUUUGCCCUUGAAUUGAUGAUGCCCUUUGAUGUAUACCAUUUAGUGAAAGUGCUAAGUCUUAAGUUUCCUACCACUUUGGUUUCAUAUUUUUGGGCUUAACAAAGUUGUGAAUAGCACAGUCGAGGAAAAUUGAUACCUGCAGUAACCCAUAGGAAAUAAACUGUAGAGUUCCAUAUUCUGGUAUUGUGAUUAUAUUGUUUUAUAAAAAAAAGAAAAGAAAAGAAUUUUUUUUAAUUUUAUUUUUCCCCGUCUUGCAAAGUAUAGUGACCCCUGUUUCCAUUGAAUUUGAAUAAAGACUAUUUUUGCUUGACAAAA